AUGUCCUACUUCCUUGGCAUGGAAGUGUCUCAAACUCAGCAAGGGAUCUUCCUAUGUCAGAAGGCAUUUGCCUUGAAGAUUCUGAACAAAUUCUCCAUGCUGAACUGCAAGGCAACAAGCACACCAAUUGUUAUUCGAGAGAAGUUGUCAAGUCAAGGUGAUUUCGAGAAGGUUUGUGAAACAACUUAUAGGAGUUUGAUUGGAUGCCUACUCUAUUUGACAGCCACUAGACCAGACAUUAUGUUUGUUGUAAGUCUACUAUUUAGAUUCAUGCAUUGCUGCAAUGUAAAACAUUUACAAGUUGCCAAAAGAGUUCUCAGGUACAUCAAAGGUACACUAAGCUUUGGAAUAAUGUUCAGCAAAGUUGAUAGCAUGAAGCUACUUGGUUAUGCUGAUAGUGAUUGGGUUGGAUCAGUGGAUGAUAUGAAGAGCACAUCAGGGUAUCUGUUUACCCUUGGUUCAGCCAGUUUUUGUUGA